AAAUGGGGUACCCGGUCCUUAGAAGAAGAAGGGCCGUUCUUUUAUCCACGCUAAUAAUGCUUCUCAUGGCGACUUCCAUUUCCACCUUAAUAUUUAGAACCCGCCUCGUUUCUCCCUCCAAAUCUCUUCCCUGCCCUCUCUGGUCUUCCUCUUUCUCUCUCUGCCGCUCCAAAAGUUCUCUUUCUCUCUCUUCACGCCAGUACAAAGCCUUUUGCCCUGCGCCUUCUUCUCCUUCUCGUUCUUCUUCUUAUUCUUGUGUCCGCGGCUCGAAGCUUCCAUCAAUGGCGGCGACGGUUAACGUUGAGAAUCCAUUGUUGAGUGAUUUCACCUUUCCUCCGUUUGACGUGGUUGAAGCCAAGCAUGUGAGGCCUGGAAUGAGGACACUUUUGAAACAACUGGAAGAUGAUUUAGUUAAAUUAGAAAGCACAGUGGAACCUACAUGGGACAAAUUGGUAGUGCCUUUCGAAAAGAUAGUGGAUCGUCUUACUGUCGUUUGGGGAAUUGUGAAUCAUCUCAAGUCUGUGAAAGAUAAUGAUGAGCUCCGUUCAGCUAUUGAGGAAGUUCAGCCAGAGAAGGUUAAAUUUGUACUUAGAUUGGGACAAAGCAAGCCCAUUUUCAAUGCGUUUAAAGCUAUUCAAGAAUCUUCAAGUUGGCAGGCCUUGUCUGAAUCUCGUAAGCGUAUCGUGAAAGCCCAGAUAAAGGAGGCAGUCCUCAAUGGUGUUGCAUUGGAUGAUGAGAAGAGAGAACAGUUUAACAAAAUUCAACAGGAGCUUGAAAAACUAUCCCAGAAAUUCAGUGAAAAUGCUUUGGACGCCACCAAGAAAUUUGAAUUAUUGAUUACUGAUGAGAAAGAAAUUGAAGGACUUCCAGCUACAGUACUUGGUCUGGCUGCACAGACGGCACUUUCCAAGGGGCAUGAAGGAGCUAGUGCUGAAAAUGGGCCAUGGUUAAUUACCUUGGAUGCUCCGAGUUAUCUUCCUGUUUUGCAACAUGCAAAAAACCGGUCUUUGCGUGAAAAAGUUUAUCGUGCUCAUAUUACUAAAGCUGCCGCUGGAGAUCUUGAUAACACAGAUAUCAUAAAUCAAACUUUGAAGCUACGUUUAGAGAAAGCUAAGUUGCUAGGGUACAAUAACUAUGCUGAGGUAAGCAUGGCAAAGAAAAUGGCUACUGUUGAAAAGGCGGAAGAGCUUCUGGAAAAACUUCGUAGUGCUUCCUGGGAUGCUGCAGUCAGAGAUAUGGAAGACUUGCGGACUUUUUGCAGGGAAAAAGGAGCCGUAGAAGCUAAUGAUCUUCAACACUGGGACACUGGAUUUUGGAGCGAAAGACUUCGUGAGACAAAGUAUGACAUAAAUGAGGAAGAACUGAGGCCAUUUUUCUCAUUACCUAGAGUUUUGGACGGACUCUUCAACCUUGUGAAUGUGCUCUUUGAGAUUGAGAUUGAACCAGCAGAUGGCGUUGCUCCUGUCUGGAAUAGUGAUGUUAGAUUCUAUUGUGUUAAAGAUUUGUCAGGCAGUCCAAUUGCAUAUUUUUAUUUUGAUCCUUAUUCGAGGCCUUCGGAGAAGCGUGGUGGGGCUUGGAUGGAUGAGGUUAUUGGUCGAAGCCGUGUAAUGGCACACAAUAGCAAUUCUACUCGGUUGCCAAUUGCUCACGUGGUUUGCAAUCAAACACCUCCUGUCGGGAGUAAGCCGAGUCUUAUGACUUUCCGUGAGGUUGAGACUAUCUUUCAUGAGUUUGGUCAUGCGCUUCAACAUAUGCUUACUAAGGAAGAUGAAGGGUUGGUUUCCGGCAUUCGUGGUAUAGAGUGGGAUGCUGUUGAACUCCCAUCACAGUUCAUGGAGAACUGGUGUUAUCACUGGGAUACUUUAAUGAAUAUUGCAAAGCACUAUGAAACUGGAGAAAGUCUACCUGAAGAAGUAUAUUCCAAGCUCGUGGCUGCACGUACUUUCCGUGCAGGUACACUAAGUCUCCGUCAGAUACGAUUUGCAAGCAUUGACCUUGAGCUGCAUACAAAGUAUCUGCCUGGUGGAUCAGAAUCCAUAUUUGAUGUUGAUCAAAGGGUGUGUCAGCGAACCCAAGUAAUGCCUCCAUUGCCAGAGGACAGGUUUCUUUGUAGCUUCAGCCAUAUAUUUGCAGGUGGUUAUGAAGCUGGAUACUACAGCUACAAGUGGGCUGAGGUGCUGUCUGCUGAUGCUUUUUCUGCAUUUGAGGAGGUUGGACUUGAUAAUAAUAAGGCUGUCAAAGAAACAGGUCACAAGUUUCGGGAAACUAUUCUUGCUCUUGGGGGAGGAAGUCCUCCACUUCAGGUUUUUGUGGAAUUCCGAGGGAGGGAACCUUCUCCAGAUGCUUUGCUCAGGCACAAUGGCCUGUUGCCUGUACCUGCAUCUGCUUAGGUUUCUAUAAUGUUUUUAUUUACCAUCGUUGUAUUCUUGAGUUAAAACUUAGGUAUAAAACAAUACUUCCAUAGCAUUUUUCCUUCUUUUUUUUUUCUCUAUCAUCGACUUAUCAUUGCAUGCAUUCAAAACGGUGUAAACAUUUACUUCAAGCAAUCAUCAUGCAAUUAUGUGUGCUCCCAGUCAGCUC